AUGUCGUAUCGUAGCGGAUCUUCUGCCUCCCGGAGUGCUACUGAUUCGCUCAGUACCACACGCAGCACGCCUACAUUGGCAACGACACCGGUCCCGGACACAACUCGCCGACGUCCCAGGACAGCCAGAACAUCCACUGACUACAGCAACAGUGAAACAAUCUGUGCAAUCAGCGAAGCUCCCGGGAUAUCCUCCACUGUCGGACUUUCGUUCGUCAAUGUUACCACUUCCGAAGCUGUUCUCUGUCAGUUCACAGACACUCAAACUUAUAUUCGGACAUGCCACAAACUCAUGGUCCAUGAACCUACCGAAGUACUUUACAUGGCGCAAGCUGCAGAUUCGAAGCUCGUAUCUAUCAUCUCUGAGAACCUCGACGUGGAUAACGGCGGCCCAGUAGGCACGAAACUUGACCGCCGGUAUUGGUCUGAAAGUAGUGGUUACGACUAUCUACAACGCCUUGCCUUUCCAGACGAUCUGGCGUCGCUGAAAUUGGCUCUAGCAGGCAAUCACCUUGCAAUAUGCUGCUUCUCCGCAGUUUUGAAGUUCGCCGACAUGGCAUUGCAAAAGACCUUCGCACCUCAAACACUACGUAUAAAAUUCGAGACCGCGGAGGGUUCCAUGGUGAUUGACCUAGCCACCAUUGCUUCUCUGGAGUUGGUCCAGAACAUCGAACAUGCCAAGUCCAAAGACUGCCUUUAUGGGCUGCUGAAUGAAACACUAACACCUAUGGGUGCUCGACUUCUGCGAAGCAAUAUCCUCCAGCCUUCAACCGACCACGAGAAAAUCAGGAAGAGACACGAAGCUGUCGGCGAACUGAUCUCCAAGCAUGACAUGCUGUUUGCAAUCCGAUCUGCUUUGAAGUCUUUCGUAGACACUGACCGCGUGCUGGCCGCUCUCGUAGUGAUACAGACAAAGCAGGGGAUCCAGUAUGCGGAGCAAGCAGUCAACAACGUCCUCAUGCUGAAGACUUUUGUGGAUUCCGCCAAACCUCUUUGGCAAGCACUUACUGGCGCCGGGAGCGAAGAGCUGGAUGAGAUCCGCCAGGAAAGGAGCCGUAGCAUCACCAUCCUCUGCGAUCCUGCCAGCUAUUCAGAAAUCGAUGCUAUGAUCAGGCAUAGUCUCAAUCCUGAUGUGUCCCACUCGACGAAGCCGAUCGAGCUGCGCAAUCAGCGGGUGUAUGCAGUGCAGGCUGGAGUUAACGAACUUCUCGACGUUGCAAGACAGACUUACAGUGAAAUCAGCCAGGAUGUGUUUGAUAUGAUGGAAGAGCUUAAAAAUGCGCAAGAAAUUGAUUUGGAGUUGAAAUUCGAGCCCGGAAGGCAAUUUUAUAUUCGCUUUCCAGCCGUUCAAGUCGAGGACAAGUCCAUGCCCGAGGCAUUCGUGAACGUGUAUCGAAAGAACAAAUGGAUCGAAUGCCAGACCCUGGAGCUGAUCAAAAUGAACCAGAAAAUCAAGGAUGCUCACAACGAAGUCAUCAGUUUGAGCGACCAUGCAGUGCAAGAAUUGAUCGAGGCAGUCCGGACGAAGAUCCAUCCUCUUUUCAAGAUCAGUGAAGCGAUUGCCAUGCUCGACAUGCUUUCAGGGUUUGCCCAGAUGGCCAGCAGCAACGAGUACGUGCAGCCGGAAUUAGUAGACACUUUGGCCGUCAAGGCCGGUCGGCAUCCGAUCCGCGAGAAGAGCCAGAUGGACAGAUACGUGCCCAACGACAUGUAUGCGACCGAGCAGAGUCGCUUCCAAGUCAUCACAGGCUGCAACAUGAGCGGAAAGAGCACAUACAUUCGGUCGAUCGCUCUAAUGGCCGUUAUGGCGCAAAUCGGCUGUUUCGUGCCAGCCACAUACGCGUCGUUCCCGGUCACAUCCCAGAUGUUCGCACGUGUGUCGACCGACGACAGCAUCGAAGCCAAUGUGUCGACAUUCGCGUCGGAAAUGCGCGAGCUGGCCUUCAUCCUGCGCAACGUGUCGGCACACAGCAUUGUUCUCAUCGACGAGCUCGGCCGCGGAACCAGCACCACGGACGGGCUUGCGAUCGCCAUUGCCAUUGCCGAGGAGCUGAUCCAGUCCAAGGCUCUGGUCUGGUUCGUCACGCACUUCCGCGACCUGCCGCGCAUUCUGGCCGAGCGUGCCGGCGUGGUCAAUCUGCAUUUGGCGGUCGACAUUAACGCCGACGCCUCCAAGCUGAAAAUGCGAUACCAGGUCGCCCAGGGGUACGAGGAGGAGAGGUUCUAUGGUCUCGCGCUCGCCCGUGUUCUCGACCUGCCUGUGUCGGUGGUCGACACCGCCACUCGCGUCUCUCAUGCUUUGCAUGAGCGCAACGAGGCCCGCAAACGUAGCUGCCGCGCCCUGGUCUCGGCCAGAAGGUCCAAGUUGCUGUUGAACCUGCGCGAACAGCUGUCCCAAGCAAGAGAGAGCUGUCGGAGUGCUGGAUCUGACCCUGCGCAACUCAGAGCCUGGUUGGCAAGGCUGCAGGUGGAGUUCUCGGUGCGGAUGAGAGCGCUCGAGGCCGAGGCAGAGGGUGAAACAAGCGAUACUGAAAGUCACAACCAUGUGAGCAGAACUGAAGACGUGGAUGUUGUUGUCAUUGAUGAUGAUGACGAAGAAGAAAACGGGGAGGAUGUUCAUGUUUAA